UGUAAUCUGACAUGCCAGCCAUCAUAGCCAAUCACUUAUACGCCUGAGGGCGCCGUAUCAGUUUCGUAUACCACCCUUUUGUCCGCUCCAGGAUCUUUGAACGAAUCAAUCGGUGUGAAGUUUUGCAUCUGAGCUCUUCACACCAAUUAAAUAAUGAGCCCAAAACCAGAACGCGCUUUUGGAUCCGACCCAGAAUGUUUGGGCAUACUCAUCGUUAGAGAUCUGCCGCCGUCAUACGCUGCUUAUCGGCGGAGGCUUCUUACCCUUGCCUACAAAUUCGCUAAGCUAGACGAGAAUAUAAGGGAGCAAUAUACAGAUGCUUCCAGCAGUUACAGCUUUGGAUGGUCGCACGGAAAGGAAAUUAUGAACGGAAAACCAGACUUGCUAAAAGGGUCCUACUACGCAAAUCCUCUCAUCGAUAGACCCUCCGUAUCAUCCCAGCAGAGAAAGGAAUGGCCUGAAUAUUACGCCCAGAAUAUAUGGCCCAAGCCCGACGAGAAAGGCGUCGAAGGUUUCGAGGAAGCCUUCAAGGAUUUGGGAAAACGUUGGCUGUUCACUAGCAGUAGCAUGCCAGCCAUUCGCGCUCUCUCGGUUUUCGGAUGUUUCGAUGUCACUGCCGAAGUUGAUCAGCACCUCGCAAACUACGAAGCGGAAGACGAGCCUGUGGACAGUUGGUGCGGUUUCCAUCUUGAUCAUUCCCUUCUGACAGGCUUGUGUUCUGCUAUGUAUCUAUCGAGUGGCGAUGAUGAUUUCUCUGAACCUAUCGAAGUUCAGUCGCCAUCGAAAUCCUCAGGACUGUAUAUACGUACACGAGGAGGAAAGCUGACCAAAGUAUCGGUUCCUGAAGAUAGCCUCGCCUUUCAAACUGGAGAAGCUCUGGAAAUUGCUACCGGCGGAAAAUUGCGCGCCACCCCACACUGUGUGCGGGUCGGGUCUGGGGUCGCUGAUCCCAGCAAAAUAUCCAGAGAGACCUUUGCGUUAUUCAUGCAGCCAGACACGAAUCAGUUGCUCUCACCGUCAGUAACAUUUGGUCAAUUCAGUAGAGGCGUGUUCAACGAACAUUACGAAAGGAUUUCCGAUUGAAGGACACGUUCUACAUUCACAAUAAAACUAAUCUACGCAGAGACUAAAUCCUAUGAAAACAAAAGCCUAU